AUGGCUCUACCGCCCUCCGGGGGCGGCCACCAUCGACGGCGAAGUUCUGUGUUGACCAGUGGCAAUGCUGGACCGUCACUGCAAAUCCCCGUCGAGCAGAGAGAUGAUGGCUUUAGGCCUGUUGGUGAUGGCGUUGGGCAUAAACGGGAAGAACCAAAAUCGUCCCCUACCGACGAUGCAGAUGUCUCUGAUCUCUCCUCGAUCGCGGAGAGCGUGGAAAUGAAUUUUAUGAGCUCGGACGACGACUAUCCGGAUGAUGAAGAAACAGGUCUCACAGCAAGCCAGCGCCGUCAGAGACGUCGACGGCGAAAACAGCGGAGACAGUUGGAUGCCCGUAUCGCAGAUGUCAAAGCAUCUCGCAACGACCCGUGGAACAUCGGAAUGGCAGAUCGAACAGUCCUGCAAAGGCUCCUUGUCAAUGCAGGUUUGAUUCUGUUAUGGUACUUUUUCUCGCUGUCAAUAUCCAUCUACAAUAAAUGGAUGUUCUCGGAUGACGACGUCGUUUUCCCAUACCCUCUUUUCACUACUAGCUUGCAUAUGCUGGUCCAAUUCACACUGGCGUCCCUUAUCCUCUACUUCAUACCCUCCCUCCGCCCUAAACCUCCGACGUCAACGUCCGGCGGCUCCCCCACCGGGCACGACACAUCCGAAUCGAGACCAAUUCUUACCAAGUUCUUUUACUUCACGCGGCUGGUUCCAUGUGGUGCGGCAACUUCUCUGGAUAUUGGACUCGGCAACAUGUCCCUCAAAUUUAUCACCCUUACGUUCUUGACCAUGUGCAAAUCGUCCGCCCUUGCUUUCGUUCUCCUGUUCGCUUUCGUCUUUGGCCUCGAAACACCGUCCGUUAAACUCAUCGUGAUCAUCGCCCUAAUGACCCUGGGCGUUGUCAUGAUGGUGGCAGGGGAAGCUGCUUUUAACACCGUGGGCUUCAUUUUGGUUAUCGCCUCGGCUUUCUUUUCAGGGUUUCGAUGGGGAUUGACGCAGAUUCUCCUCCUACGUCAUCCAGCAACCGCGAAUCCAUUCUCAACCCUGUUCUUUCUCACACCAGUCAUGUUUAUUUCUCUGAUUACCAUUGCCUUGGCGAUCGAAGGUCCUACCGACAUUAUGGCUGGGCUUCGCGCUCUUUCUGAGGCCCAUGGGUCCACGUUUAGCAUCAUACUCCUGAUCUUCCCGGGAGUGCUCGCAUUCUGUAUGAUAUCGUCCGAAUUUGCCCUUCUCAAGCGUUCAUCUGUCGUCACCCUGAGUAUCUGCGGUAUAUUCAAAGAGGUGGUCACGAUUAGCGCGGCAGGCGUUGUCUUCCAUGACCAACUAACUGCGGUCAAUAUCACGGGGUUGGUUGUUACAAUUGGCAGCAUUGCCUCUUACAAUUAUAUGAAGAUUUCGAAGAUGCGCGCCGAAGCCCAAAGGAAUGUUUGGGAAUCGAGCCCGAACUUGGAUUCGGAAGGAGAUAUGUCCGGCCCGGGUGAGAAUGGCGAAUAUCAUCGCGUUGCCAAUCCAGAGACCUCAAUCCUUCACUCGAAUCUUGACGACAACGACGACGACGACGAUGAUGAUGAUGACGAUGACAAUAUGACGCCUCAAGACUCGGCCCCCGGACGCUCCUUCCAUGCCCUAACCAGCGGAGUCAGCAACAACGCCCAUAACCUCACCAUCAGCACCUCAAACCUAAGUGAUCAUGAACACGGCUUGCCCUAUUCACCCCGGGUAUCUGGUCCCUCUCCAUUAAAAUCUGCGCCCCCAAUGAUUGUCUCCAUGGAGACUGAACUCCAGAAAGCCGCAGCACGAGGAUCCAGCCCGGGAAGCAACCAGCACUCAUCCCCUGAAAGGGAGAGUCCAUCCGAAAGCCGCUGA